CACCCUAUAUUCUCCAUAGAACCUGCGUCCUUUUUUUGUGGAAAAGUGGUGAAAAUGAAGGCCUCCGUAUUACUGUGUGCACUCUUCCUGUCUGCUGUUUCUAGUGAUGGUGAAGAAGUAGUGUCUGUGCUUGUGCCUGUGGAGGGAGAUCAGUUCACUUUAAACACUGAUGUGACAUUAACCCCACAACAAAGAAUAAGAUGGUAUUUUGAUGACACUCGCAUCGCUCAGAUAAUUGGAGAUCAGAGUUUCAUCUGUGAAGAUGAUGAGUGUAAAGAGAGAUUCAGAGACAGACUGAAGCUGGAUAAUGUGACUGGUUCUCUGACCAUCAUGAACUCAAGAAACACAGACUCUGGACUUUAUCGACUACAGAUCAUCAGCAGCAGCAUCACUAACAAGAUCUUCAAUGUUACAGUCAUUGGUGCGUCUGGUGCGGAUAGAGACAAGUGUGUGAUGAAGGGAGAUUCAGUAACUCUAAACACUGAAGUAAAAACAAACCAAAAUGACAGAAUUAAAUGGUAUUUUUAUGACACUCGCAUUGCUCAAAUCGCUGGAGAUCUCAUCUGUACAGAUGUUCAGUGUAAUGAAGGGACUGAUCGAUUCAGAGACAGACUGAAGCUGGAUCAUCAGACUGGAUCCCUGACCAUCACAAACACCAGAACCACAGACUCUGGAGAAUAUAAACUACAGAUCAUCAGCAGCAACAGCAGUGAAAAGAGCUUCAGUGUCUCUGUCUGUGGUGAGUCAUUUAGACACAAGUCCCAGACUAAAAAUAAACAAAACAGUUAAGAAUUAGGGUUACACUAGAUAUUUCAAAAGAAUAGAAGCAUUAUAGAU